AUGAAAGUCCCUAAAGUAAGUGCACUUUUUUUUGUUUUUCUCCUUUCCGUUUGUUUUUUACCAUCACCUUCAUUAUGUGAUGCAAGCACCGGUAAUACUAAAAUUCCUAAUAUUCCUAAUAUUCCUAAUUCAAGUGGUAAUGCUCAAUCACCAACUGUAAGUGGUAACUCGAUUGAACAAACCGCAGAAACAUCAAAUGUAGCUACAAGAGCUAACCAUGUACCAGCUCCAGAAAAAACAAAUGGUGCACCAGUUGAAAAUAAAGAUAUAGCAAAAGUUAAUGACAAAAUAUGUGCAAAAAAUAAAAAUAAACCAUUGUUAAUUUCAGCAAUAUCAGCUGUUGUAGCAAUAGCAGUUGCAAGCGCAUUAGGUUAUGGCAUAUAUACAAAGAAAAACUUGAAUACCCCAAAUGAAGAUGAACCAUCUAUUCCAUCUACUGACGAUAAUACACGUGCUUCUGAAGAAUCUAACGAACAACCCGCGCUUGAUUUACCAAUUCCUGAGAACACCGAAGAUAUUGAAAACACAAAUUAA